AUAUUUGAUUCGCGUACUCACAUUCCGAAUAGAGCCAUCCUCGGAAAAGAACUCUACUCGUUCAGCUAACGUGGAAGAAUAAAGCUCCGACUCAGAAAAUCCAAAGCAAUAUCAUAGCGCAUGCGUUGCCACUGAAAUUGCAUGCGUUUUCCUCGCCAUUAAAACUUUCAACAAUUUUCGCAGAUUACCCACGGAAAAUCGCCGCAAAUAGAUGCGAAUUACGCACGCAAGCGCCUGCGUGUCAUGACUGUCUCAGAACACGCUCGUGUCCGUCAGUCGUCGAGAGUAUUCUCAGCGUCUAUAUUCUAUAUAAUAACAAAUUGUGAACUAGGAAAUCCAAAAGCGAUGUUGACGGAAAAUCUCACGAGAUUUCAAAAUCACAAUUAUAAGGCCGACACCGAAUACGUGGUGAAAGUGGCAAAGACUCUGCUGACGCCUGUUGGCAUCUGGCCGCUUUAUCGAGGCAAUUCGAUGUCCGAUAAGAUUAAAAAUUUCCUUCAAACUGGGGUGAUAUUCAUUCUGAUGUGCUUUUUGCUCAUCCCGCAUGUUAUAUACACCUACUUCAAUGCAGAGGAUCUGACCAGAGAGAUGAAGGUCAUAGCUGCCCAGGUGUUUAGCCUGCUUGCCAUUAUUAAGUUCUGGACGAUGAUCAUUAAUAGGAAGGGAAUCAGAUACUGCUUGCAGCAAAUGGAAAUUCAAUACAGGGACGUGGAAUGCGAGGAGGAUCGAUUGGUGAUGACGAGGAGCGCCAAGAUCGGCAGAUUCUUCACAGUGACGUACUUGGGACUGUCGUACGGUGGUGCGUUGCCUUAUCACAUAAUUAUGCCACUGCUGGCGGACAGGAUCGUCAAGGAAGACAAUACUACGCAAAUACCAUUGCCAUACCUCAGCAAUUACGUAUUUUUCGUGGUAGAGGACUCGCCGCUGUAUGAAAUUAUUUUCGUCACACAGAUCCUGAUCAGCAGCAUCAUCCUCUCCACGAACUGCGGUGUUUACAGCUUAAUUGCCUCCUGCGUGAUGCACAGUUGCUGCUUAUUCGAGGUGGUGCGUAGACAGAUGGAAACGAUCCUCAAUGAUGAGACCAGCAAUCUCCACAGGCGAUUCGGGAAAGUAAUCGAACAUCACAUGGAAGCCAUCAAAUUCGCAGAGAUGAUUGAGAAAUCAUUAAACAUAGUUUUUUUAUGCGAAAUGGUUGGAUGCACUAUUAUUAUAUGCUUUCUGGAAUUUGGAGUUCUUAAGGAAUGGGAAGACGGAAAUAUCUUGCCACUGGGUACAUAUUUUGUUUUAAUGACAUCAAUAUUUGUAAACGUUUAUAUUAUAUCAGAUAUCGGUGAUCGCCUUAAAGAAGAGAGCGAAAAAGUUGGAGAAUCGUCGUACUCUAUCCAGUGGUAUAAUUUGCCAACAAAAAUUAUAAAGAAUUUAAUUCUAAUAACACUCAGAUCAAACCGCCCAUCAACCUUGACAGCCGCGAAAAUAUUCGAUCUCUCCCUUCAAGGAUUCUGUCAGGUUUGCAAAACGUCAGCUGCGUAUUUCAAUUUUAUACGAGCGGUGUUCGAAUGAACACUCAAGCAUUGAAUAUCUCGCAUGAAGCAUUGUGUGUCUAUAUAUAAGAAAUACCGUCACUUUUUAUACAUCUCACGUACUCUUUUUAUUUAACAUCAGUGAAAUAACCACCUCUCUGUCGAGCAAUAAAUCAUAUAUACUAACAUUUGAACA